CCCAUCUUCAACCUCGCCUGGAUCACGCAGCACUUGCGCCAACGCAGCCGCGACGAACUCAGCGACGACGAACUUUCCACCGCAGCGCAUAAUGUCCUGGGCCAAGUCGGGAGCCUAAUCGGUCGGCCCGUCACAGACGUUUUCGAAGCGGCGAAACCGGCGGUCCGAAAAGCACUUCUUCUUGCGCAGAAGAAGGAAAAACACGAGCCUCUUCGCAGAUGGACACGCCUCUCCUCGGCCAAUUCCUCGUGGCCGUGAAUGGCUUCAUCAAAGUGCGCAACGAAGCGCAGCUGAACGCGUACCUCGUGCUCGAACCGCCUUUCAACCCGCAAUACCAGAACCUCAUCGCGGAGCUGAAGAAGGCCUACCCCAAAGGAAACGAAGAGCAGCUGGAGCAGAAGUGCGAGCGUGCGCUGUCUGCAGCCACGACAAGGGAUGCAGAAGACGGCGCGGCGUGGACGGCGUUUGUCAAGUUCAUGGUGCAGUAUCUUGCUUACCUGCGCGACAUCGAUGCCGAUCCGGAGAGGUAUCUGCUGGCCUAUGAGCUGCUGAGCGAGUUGCAGAGUCGGGCGAAUAAUGCGCUCAACCACGCGACGCUGGGGCAUUUACUCCUCCCUACUGUCAUCACCAUCGCUCGCCUGGUUUGCCGCCUGGCAAUAGGACUAGACAAACGCUCCACCCUCACCGCGCACCUGAACGCCUCUUCAAGCGGCGGCGCAGCAGCAGCAGCAAACGAAGACGGCGGACCGCGAGAGACCCUCCCCGAGCGCGCAGCCAACACCCUCCGCCAAGCCUUCGUCAUCUGCCUCAACGACCGCACGCCUGCCGCCGCGCACUCCGCGCCCGCCGGCAAGAAGCGCGGCAUCUACACGAUUGCCAACCUGUGCCUGAAAAUCCUCUUCCAGUGCCGCAAGACGCGCAACGCGACGCAGAUUUUCGAGAACAUCUACAACCUCUCGCCGCCCCUGGCGUCCUACCCGAAGCGCGAGCGCGUCGCCUACCUCUAUUACUUGGGGCGCUUUUGGUUUCAGAAUGGGCAUUUCUAUCGCGCGCAGUUGGCGCUGCAGGCUGCGUAUGAUGAGUGUCCUGCGCGAGAAGAGUGCGUGCGCCAGCGCCGGCUGCUCCUCAUCUACCUCAUCGCCUCGAACCUCAUUCUAGGCCGCUUCCCCUCGCAAGCACUCCUCAAUCGCCCCGAAGCCAUCGGCCUAGCAGAGCGCUUCCUCCCCCUCUGCCACGCGAUCCGCAAAGGCGAUUUAGCCGCUUUCCGGCACCACACGGACAUCAUGCAGGGCGAGCACGCAGCGUGGUUCCUGCAUUUCCGCAUGCUGCUGCAGCUGCGGAAUCGCGGCGAAGUGUUGGUGUGGAGAUCACUCGUGCGCAAAACGUGGAUUCUGAAUGGGACGCGCCCGGCCGAUCUACGGAGUAAGGUGACGCCUACUGUGAGUGUUUACGAUUUGGUCGGGGCGUGGGAGUGGCUGGAGAGGAGGCAGUUGCAGUCCAAGGGGUUGCAGGCGGAUGACUACGUCGAUCCCGAUUUCGCUGGGGUGGAGCAGCAUUUUGCGCAUGGUGGGGAAGAAGUGUUGGUGGACACCACGGCCAUCGAGUCCAUCCUCUCCUCGCUCAUUGAUCAGGGCUUUCUCGGCGGCUUCAUCAGUCAUCGACAGAUGAAGUUCGCCAUUACGGGCAGCGCGAAGAAGGGCGGCGAUAUCCUUGCUGCCGGCUUUCCGCGGCCUUGGGAGGUGAUGAGGGCCAAGGCGGAGAGGGAGAAGGACAGCGGUGGAGAGGUGGUUGUGCCGGGGUGGAAGAAGCAAACUUCCGUGUCGAAUGGGUUUGGAGGUGCGGCGGGGAUGUUGGGCGGUUUGCGGCCUGGUCCCGGGAUGGUAGUCAAUUUGAGUGGUGCUAGGCCGGUGGGAGCUGUUGGGUAGAUGGAGAGGAUGCAUGUUUGCUUAGGACUUGGCGAUCAUGAUGCCGUAGGGAUCGCGGUCGACUUCGCUGACGUGCACUUCGAUGCUCUCGUCUUCCAGCGCGGCGAGGUAGUCCUUGUCGUGCUCGACGCCGUUGGUCGAGCGCUGUUCGUCUCGAAGCCGUUUCCACUGUACCAGCAAGUUAGCGCCUCCAUAUCACAAUGAAAGGAAGGGAAGC